AUGAGCAAGCAAGACGAGUUUUUCAAGCCUGUGGGUGAAUCUGUUCAGGAAAUUGCAGCGGAAAACGAGCCCGUUGCCGAGGCCAGCGGCGUGGGUUCUGAUGGCGUCCGUCCCACCGGAGCCGCUGACGCCGAAGGCCAUCCAGUUCAAGAAAUUGAAUCCCUUUGUAUGAACUGUCACGAAAACGGCACGACCAGACUACUUUUGACAUCGAUCCCAUAUUUCCGCGAAGUUGUGCUCAUGUCGUUCGAGUGCCCCCACUGUGGGUUCAAGAACUCCGAGAUCCAGUCUGCGUCACAAAUCCAGGAGAAGGGAUCCCGUUACAUGCUCAAGAUCGAGCAAAAAGACGAUUACAACCGACAAGUAAUCAAAUCCGAGACGGCUGCGUGUCGUUUCAACGAGUUGGAUAUCGAAAUACCACCCAAGAGAGGACAACUCACAACCGUCGAGGGUUUGCUUUCGGAAAUGAUCCAGGAUCUUGAAUCAGACCAACCCGUUAGAAAGCACGUCGACGAAGCCCUGUACGAACAAAUCGAACAAUUCAUCGCAAAGGUUACUUCCUAUAUCAAGUGCGAACCGGGCACGACCCCUCUCACAUUCACGCUCGACGACCCAGCCGGAAAUUCUUGGAUUGAAUACAAACCUGGCGAGCCAGCGCACAAAUGGUCGCACACCGAGUACGUGCGUUCUGACGAGGAUAACGUACAAGUCGGGCUUAUCACACGAGACCAACUCGAGCAACGUCGCGAGGAACAACGUGCCAAGAUCGCUGAUAAGCAAAGAAACGAAUCCGAGGCUAAAAAGCAGACUUUCUUGUCGGAUGCCACGGAUAUCGAGAAUUUCAACAACGAAGUACAAACUUUCAGAGCUUCUUGCCCUUCCUGUUUGCAAGAAGUCGAGACCCACAUGAAGCCCGUCAAUAUCCCACAUUUCAAAGAAGUAAUUAUCAUGUCCACGGUAUGCGAUCAUUGCGGUUACAAAUCCAACGAGGUGAAAACCGGAGGUGCCAUUCCGGCUCAAGGCAGAAAAGUAACGCUUUACUGUGACGAUCCUGCGGACUUGUCGCGUGAUAUUUUGAAGAGCGAGACCUGUUCCAUGACCAUACCGGAGUUGCAUUUGGACAUCCAAGAAGGCACAUUGGGAGGUCGGUUCACGACUUUGGAAGGCCUACUUCGCCAAGUGUGCGAAGAACUUGAAACGCGAGUUUUCACGCAGACGUCAGACUCAAUGGACGCAGAAACCAAGGCCCGUUGGGAAUCUUUUUUCAGUAAACUCAAGGACGCCGCUGACGGUAAAGUCAAGUUUACUGUCAUUAUGACAGAUCCAUUGGCAGGCUCCUAUAUCCAGAACGUAUAUGCCCCUGAUCCUGAUCCAAACAUGACAAUCGAGGAUUUUGAGAGAACCAAAGAACAAAACGACGAUCUGGGUCUAGGUGGUAUUCAAACGCAACAGACAAACCACCAGACCAAAGAACAGACGGUUUAA